GAUUUGACAUUUGCGUCAACAUCAAUAUGAUUCCCAUUAAUUUCAUGCCCUUUUUCACUGAUCAAUGGCCAUACAUUGUGGGAGGGAUUUUCCUGUACGCGAUCAUAUUCAUAUCUUUGGAUAAAACACGAGAAAACAUCCGUUGUGGAAAAGACUCCACAGACAGCGAGAAACCCGCCCAUCGUCGCCAUAAGUGUCGGGACUUGAAGACCUUUCUAGAAGAGUGGCAAGAGUUCCAAGAUGAUGACUCCGCUCAAGAUUUAGAGGACCAGGAAAUGGAGGAUGAUAGUCUUACCCAAGCGCGAACGAAUACGACCGACAAUGUCCGAAAAACGAAGUUGUCACUGAAACGCUCCGAAGAUUUCCUGGAAGUCUUACGACAACGACAUCCGGUUAAGUCAUUCUCGCCGGAUCCCGUUCCAAUGGCAACGCUUGAAAAUAUCAUUGCUUGUGCGGGUCAUGGCCCCAGUUCCCACGGGAAGCAGCCUUGGACUUUUGUCGUGGUAACUGAUGAGAAGCUGAAGAAGGUCCUACAACGCAUUUUGGAGCCCCCAAAACUCAUUGAAGAAGUGGAGUCCUUGACUGAGGAGGUGGAUACUCGUGCCAAAUUGCGGGCCAAGAUCUCGAAAUCCUAUUUGAGCCAGGCUCCAGUCCUGCUGGUUCUCAUGCGGCAAGAAUACUCCUUGGAUGCCCAUGGUGCCAAAGAAGCUAAUCAUUUCAAUGACGUCUCGUGUUCUCUGGCAGCAGGAUUCCUUUUGUCUGGCUUGGAAUAUGCCGGCCUGGCCACAAAGAUCGUGGUGCCCACUUUUGGCCAUGUGGCCAUUGGCCAAGCUUUGGGCCGGCCCGAGAGUGAGACGGCGCUUUUCGUUUUUCCCAUCGGGUUUCCACAAACCUAUGACAAGAUCCUCGAGACGCGCAAGAUCCAUCGAAAACCAUUGACAGAUAUUAUGUGUGUGGCUUCUUACGAAGGAAAGGAUUAAAUGUACAAACUACGUGGAUUAACGCCCUUAAUAUCAUUGCGACGACUUUUGGUUGUAAAACAAUGUUCAAAAUCAGCCAUUGACGAAUAAAGAAAUACUUCUUUUUAGAUUA